CUCGCCGACUGUUACGGAGCGGAGAGUUAUUAUGUGUAUAAACAUCGCUUUCGUUGUUUCUUUUAUUUUGCUACUAACAAGAAAUCUGUAAGAAAUAUCACAGUUCGCGAUUGUAAAAUUUUAUUAUUAGAAUAUUGAGUGAAGAAUACUUUAGCUUUGUUCGAAUUCUUGUUGGAAUAUCUGCAUUACGUGACUUUCGUCAGUUGGAAUACGUAUUAUAAUUUCAGAUUUAGAAGAAGCCAAUUUCUGAAUAUUUGUACAAUUGCGUUAUUAUAGACGUUCACAUUCACUCUACAACUGAACUUUAAUUUUCGGACUCCCUAUCAAACUGUGUAGUUAACUAAUAGAUAAUUAUUCGAACAAAAAAAAUGUUUGAACUGGAAAAAAGAAUAAUAGAUGACAAAAACUACAUUGGUAUAGCUCAGUUAUAUACUCUCAUGAAACGAAGCACGGGUCACGAUCGACUAAAUAAAAAGAAACUUUUACAUAGUUUAUACAUGAUGAUCGAUGAUAUGUUAGACCAACGCGUAGACCUUAAUUAUCGAAUUCGAGCAAGCUAUUUUUUAAAAACCAAAAUGCCUCAUAUGAUUGGUUCUACUAUACUUCACUUGGUUCCGAAGGAAUGCCACGUCAAGACGUUCAAUUAUUUGAUUAAACGAGGCGCAGAUUUCACGGUGCCAAACAGCAGACAAUUUACUGCCCUUCAUGAGAUGAUGUAUAAAAGCAACUACAAAAAGUGCUUUGAUAACGGAACUUUGGAUAACGGCUUGAAACCAGAUCCAUUCGUUACGUCCGCAUUGUUGGCUCAUAUUGAAUACAACAAUUCAUCGAAUCCGUGUGACAAUAAUGGUGUGUCUCACUUUAGUAUAGCUUGCAUGACAAAUAACGUCAAAGCUGUCGAAUUUUUUUUGGACCACGGGAUAUCAGUUAAUGAAGUUCACAAAGCAGAUUGGAGUAAUACAACUGGUUACACGCCUCUACAUUUUGCCGUGAAAUACUGUGCGGACGAAGUUGCUGAAAUACUGUUGAAUCGUGGCGCUGACUUGACGGUAAAGGACUCGAACGGAAUGACAGCUUUACAACUACUCGUCGAAGAAAAAAUGAAAGUUUGGUACAAGCGAACGAGAAUGUUGUCGAUGCGUCUUUCCAACAUCAAGCGCAUAACUUACAAGACUGCGAGGUCGCUUAUUGAGAAGUAUGAAAGAAUGAUGAAACUGAUGCUGGACAAUUAUAAGGAUGACAACGAGGCUGACGUUGAUUUUACGAGGUUCUGCGCUGCUUGCACGAUGCAAGACACGUCGACGCUCAAGCGUUAUUUGAACAAUAAAGCCGUGAGCUUCAAGCAAACGACUAGCUGCAAUUCUCUUGUAUGUCCUGGUUACACGGCGCUACACUUUGCCGCCCAUUGUAACGUCAAGGCAGUCAAGCUUCUAAUAAAAAAUGGAGCAAGCAUGGAAGUGAAAGACGCAAAAGGUGUGACACCUCUAGAUAUCUGUUUGCGCACAUUCAAAGUAGAAGACAUCCACAAUAUUAUGCUACUUCGAGAAGAUUGGUCAAAUAUCACAUUCCUGAAUGAAACGGUCAAAUUAUCAGAUUUCAUCUAUGCCAUGCGAGCACCAAAGUUAUUUGAGGAUUUUCUCAGGAAUAAGCUGACGAGCAUGAACACUUUUGUUAGUUUGGAUUCGCCUAUUUACUCCGGCUACACUCCUCUGCAUUUGGCAAUUGCUUGCACUGAGACUUGUCCGAGUAACUGGCCAAAUCGCGUAAAUCGCUUACCCAGAUACUUAAAGAGAAUCAAAGUGUGUUUGAUACUUGAUUCGGACGUCACCACUGUGAAUGCCGAUGGAUUGACAUCGGUUCAUCAAGCAUUCAGGUUAUGUGAGUACGACGUGGUUUCUCAUCUGCUGCAUUAUCAAAAAUCGAUGGUUAAUCCAGUCGAUAGUAACGGGUUUUCACACUUUCAUGCUGCCUGCGUGGUCAACUGCAAGACUCUAAUAAAAAAACUAAUCAAAGUUGGCGUUAACACCAAUACACCUAUCACAUCAGGAUUCAAAUGGUACAAACAAACUAGCGUUUGCGAGUCUUUCGUUGCUAGUCGUUCGACGCCGUCACACCUCCUUGCAGAUACUGGCGAUGUUGAAAUGAUGUUUUCAAUGGCAAACCGUAAUAAGGAUAUGUUUGUCAAAGACGCCGACGGCUUGACUGUAGUCGAGCGAGCAGUUAAGGCACCUUUCAAGUUUAAAACCUGCGUAUAUUGCACGAAAAAUACAUCGUUACGUGAAUCUGAUUCUCAUAACGAUUUUUUCAAAUUAACAGACAGUAAUAAUUUUCUUGAGAGCUUCGGUGAUUAUAAUCUUACGUUUCUAAUAAGGGACAUCAUCUACGAAGUUACAAACAGUAAUAUCCCGCGUAAUUUUGAUGCACUUUACGAAUUACUACAUCAUAUUCCGAAUGUAUAUUUCAAUUUGGAUAUGAUCGUAAAAAUCAACACAUCAAAUAAUAGCAGAAUAAUCGUUGAUGAACAAAUACUGGAACGCGUCUUCAAGAAGAUGGGUAUAACGAUGUUACAUUUAGUGUGUUACAAGCAAAGUUACAAGCAAAUCAAGGAGCAAUUGGAUAAUGGCACGAGCGCGAAUGCUCGUAUCAACGACAACUCGCCAUUCUAUCCCGGCUUUACGCCACUUCAUUUUGUAAUUUUAGAUUGGCAAAAGGAAACUUUUAAUUAUCAGCUUAUCCGGAAAAAUAUUAAUUUAUUGCUGCAGUACGGGGCUGACGUUACAAUCGCUAAUCAUGAUGGGAACACUCCGCUUCAUGAGCUUGUUGAAAAGAUCCCGCAUAAUAAAGUUUUCAACGUAAACUGUUAUGAGCCGUUGAUCGUGCUACUGAAAGGUCAGAAAGAUUUCAGCAUCAACCCAGAAAAUUCAAAUGGGAUCUCACACUUUCACAUAGCUUGCAUCGUAAAUGAAAGGAACAUGGUGAAAAGGUUUAUCAACAACUGGAUCAAAGUGAAUCAAAGCACUGAUCAUUUUUCAAAAAAAUUCGGAGGUUACACGUCCCUUCAUUUUGCUAUGAUUUUUCCGUCCGAAGAUAUUUACAGUCUACUUCUGAGGCAUGGAGCUAAUGUAAAUGUCAAAGACAGUUCGCGUAAUACUCCACUUCAUGUGGCUGCCAAAUCUAAGAAAUGCGGAAGAGGUGAAGUUUUCAACUGUAUUUUAGGAUUUGGAGCUGAUGUCAAUGCCAAGAACAAUAUGCAAGAGACACCACUGGAGAUACUAGUUAUUAACACGAAGGCUACUCCACAAGCCGUUAUAUAUUUCAAACAACAUCGUGCUCGUGUAAACAUAGUCAAUCCAAUCAGCCACGAGGCCCUUUUAUCUCAUGCCAUAGAGUGCUUAAGUCGAAAUGAAUCUAUUUUCGACGAACUUACCGCAUUUCCAGAUAUAAUGAAUGUGGAUGAAAAUGGCUCUACUGCUAUGCACAAUAUCGUUAGGGAUACGUAUUAUGAGGAUCCAAAUUUUGGAAGCUUAUUUUGGAAUAUCGAAGAGAAAUAUAUUUCCCUGCACGCCCGAGCGAUCGAGAUUCUAACAAGUUUAAAUUUCGAUGUCGAUAGUCAGGAUAAUAAAGGCAUGGCACCUCUCCAUGUCGCAGUCGAAAACUACAAUUUCGACGGGAUGAUUGGUCUUUUACUGAACGGAGCCGAUGUCAAUGUAUGCGAUACGAAUGGAAAUACUCCGCUCACAUACAUCUGUCAAGCUUACAAUCGAAUUCCUAAUGCUACAGAUCACAUAUUAUUGUUAAAUAAUAUUUUUACUUUCCUCAUAAUACACGUACACAUAUUGUUAUUCAUGAAAAUUGAUGUGAACAAAGCCAAUCGGGACACGUACGCUAAGGCUAUGCAGAAAUUCAAAUUGAAUGAACUGGACAUUACUAACCAACCGAAAAAAAUAAAAAAUUUUCUCACUUACUCGUCAUCAAUUAACCUUAAUUACUUUCUGUCGGAAACCGGUGUCAUUGCUUCUUAUCCUUACGUUACGAAACAUCAACGUCAAAUAAUUGAUGAAUUCUUUAAGGACAGUGUGGAGAUCUUGUCCAAAGAAUGUCCUUAUAUGACAUGUUUACUUAAACUUCAGUAUCGUAAAGCUCUUCAUAGAGCAGAGUUGGUGUCGAAAGCCACAAAUGCAUUGAAUACUUUAUUGGGAUUUCAGUUACCGGUACUUUGCUCCGAUCCACUUAUGCGGUUUUUAACAAAUCAAGACUUGAAAAACAUCGACGCCACGGUACAUGUGACAUAAGUGUUGUGAUUAGAUAAUUUUAUUAUAUUUUGUUCAACUAGGAUCAUUCAGUAAUUGUAUUUUUUAUACGAACUGUUUAUUUAUAUUUUUUUAUAUCAAAUAUAUUAUAAAAUUAUUUUACAUAUUGCGACACAGCUUCCACUGCUAACAAUAUACAUUUAAUAUGAUUGCGAGUGUCACUCGGUUUAAUAAUAUGUUAGUAUUAAAAUUAUUUUUACAAUCAUAUUAUACACUUGUUUUAAUAUUGAAAUAAGUUCGAUUGUAUUGUAUCAAAGAGCUUGUUAAAAUAUUAUGAGAAUGUUUAUAUUACACGUACAUAAACAAUUACAUUGAUCAUCAUGAAAAUAACUUGAUUAUUAAUAAUUUAUUUUUUAAUUACAUCAGUUUAAAUAAUAGUUUCUUCAUUUGAAAUUCGAAAAACGAAAUCUUUCUACUUAAUGCUUUAUUUCAUUCCUUAUAAAUACUGUAUUCGGUCAGAUUUCUAGACACAUCUUUAUCUAAAGUCAUAUAGAUAUUGCAAUCAAUAAUUAUUCAGUUAUUUAAUAUGCGAUAUUAAACAGAUUAAAUAGAUAUAUUAUUAGUUAGAUAUACGACAAUGAUUUCUUUUAGUUCAAUUGAAAAUAUGAUUUAACUGGUAUUAUCUAACUUCUUUGAUUUCAAGUAAAAUAAUUUCAAAUAUGGAAUGAAAGUAAAUAAGGCAAAUUUAAAUAGUAAACGCAGAAUUAAUAAUGAUCUUUCAAA